GCGAAGGUGGAGCUGCAGUUCGAGAGGCUCACCGUGGAGGCUGACGUCCGCGUCGGCCGCCGCGCCGUCCCGACGCUGCUCAACUGCGCCAUCAACGCCGCCCAGGAAUUAGCAACAUCUUCACACAUGUGUGCUACAAGGAAAAGACCCCUCAAAAUCAUAAAUGACGUAAGCGGGAUCAUUCGACCAUCAAGGAUGACACUUCUUCUAGGAGCACCCGGUUCAGGGAAAACAACUCUUCUAAAAGCAUUGGCAGGAAAGUUGGAUUCUUCUUUGAAGUUCAAAGGAAAGGUCAUGUACAAUGGACAAGAAAUGAAUUCCUCAACACCUCAGUACCUGCGUGCUUAUGUUGGCCAGUAUGAUCUUCACCAUCCUGAGAUGACAGUAAGAGAGACGAUCGACUUCUCUUCCAAGAUGCUGGGAACCAAUAAUGAAUUUGAGAUGCUAGGAGAAGCAAUAAGAAGAAAAAAGGGUGUCAUCAAUAAAGUGGACCAAGAUCUUGAUUCGUUCAUUAAGGCCACCACCUUUGGAGAAGGAAGCAACCUUACAACAAACUAUAUUAUCAAGAUACUUGGCUUGUCCGAGUGUGCUGAUACCCUAGUAGGAGACGAGCUGAGAAGAGGAAUAUCAGGAGGGCAAAAGAAACGAGCCACAAUUGGAGAGAUGUUAGUUGGUCUAGCAAGAUGUUUCUUUAUGGAUGAUAUAUCAACAGGUCUAGAUAGUUCCACCACAUUUGAGAUCAUGAAGUUUCUCCAACAGAUGGCACAUUUGAUGGAUCUCACAAUGGUUAUUUCCUUGCUGCAACCACCUCCCGAGACAUUGGAAUUAUUUGACGACAUUAUACUUUUAUGUGAGGGGCAAAUUGUGUAUCAUGGUCCUCGAGAAAAUGCUACGGACUUCUUUGAAACUAUGGGAUUCAAAUGCCCCAGCAGGAAGAAUGUGGCAGAUUUCCUUCAAGAGGUAACCUCAAAGAUGGACCAAAAGCAAUACUGGGCUGGUGAUGAAAAUAAGUACCAGUACCAUUCAAUUGAAAUUUUUGCAGGAUCCUUCUGUGCCUCCUAUCUCCCUCGACUUGUAGAAGAAAAACUCUGCAGUCCAAACAAAACUGGAAAGAACAAGGAGAUAAAAAUGAAUGCAGAUCGCAGGAUCUCCAGAUGGAAUGUUUUCAAGGCAUGCUUUUCAAGGGAAGUACUGCUUCUAAAAAGAAACUCUCCGGUGCAUAUAUUCAAGACCAUACAGAUCACUGUUAUGGCCUUGGUGAUCUCUACACUUUUCCUGAGAACAAAUAUGAGUCACAAUUCCAUACUUGAUGCCAAUAAGUACAUGGGAGCACUCUUUAUGGCUGUUGUCAUAGUAAACUUCAAUGGCAUGACUGAAAUUGCAAUGACAAUAAAACGGCUUCCCACCUUCUACAAGCAAAGAGAGUUACUAGCAUUGCCAGGAUGGGCACUCCUUUCUUCAGUUUUCCUUAUCAGCAUCCCAAUCUCACUAGUCGAGACAGGCCUUUGGACAGGCUUAACAUACUAUGUGAUUGGAUACGCACCUUCCCUUACCAGGUUCAUCCAGCACUUUGUGGUACUUUUUGCCAUGCAUCAAAUGUCAAUGGGUCUUUAUCGCUUCUUAGCGGCCAUAGGAAGGACACAAGUGAUGGCCAACAUGCUAGGGACUGCAGCUCUAAUAGCAAUCUACAUACUUGGAGGCUUCGUUAUAUCAAAAGAUGAUCUCCAACCAUGGUUGCGCUGGGGAUAUUGGACAUCCCCAUUCACCUACGCACAGAAUGCAAUCGCUCUGAACGAGUUCUUUGACAAAAGAUGGGCUACAGAAUUUCAUUAUGCCAAUGCUAACACCGUCGGUGAAGCCAUCCUCAAGAUCAGGGGGCUGCUCACAGAGUGGCAAUGGUAUUGGAUUUGUGUCAGCAUUUUAUUUGGAUUCUCGCUGGUAUUCAACAUCCUCAGCAUAUUUGCAUUGGAGUUCAUGAACUGUAUGUAUACCAAUCUAUCAAGAACCUUGAAAAUGUUGAAUAGAAAUGAAAAAGGUAAUUAUCUGUCUUGUUUAUUAUUUACAGCUCCACACAAGCGUCAGGUUAACAUCAAGGCCAUGAAGGCAGAUUUAGAGUACCACAGCCAGAUGGUUGGAAAUGGCAACGCAUCAACUGGUCAAGUUAUCCUCCCAUUUCGGCCCCUCUCCCUUGUCUUUGAGCAUAUCAACUAUUUCGUUGACAUGCCUAAGGAGAUGACAAAAAACGGAGUAACAGAGAAAAAGCUUCAGCUGCUACAAGAUGUCAGUGGUGCUUUCAGGCCAGGAGUGCUAACAGCUCUGAUGGGGAUAACUGGUGCAGGCAAGACAACUUUACUCGAUGUAUUGGCUGGAAGAAAAACUGGGGGAUACAUUGAAGGGACUAUUAAGAUAGCAGGCUACCCUAAGAAGCAGGAGACAUUCUCAAGGGUCUCAGGUUACUGUGAGCAGAGUGACAUUCACUCACCUAAUCUCACUGUUUACGAGUCACUGAAGUUUUCUGCAUGGCUUCGUCUGCCUUCAAAUGUUAAACCUCAUCAAAGAGAUAUGUUUAUCGAAGAAGUCAUGAGCCUAGUUGAGCUCACUGACUUGAAGAAUGCAAUGGUGGGCAUCCCAGGGACAACUGGCCUGUCAGCCGAGCAGCGGAAAAGACUAACAAUAGCUGUGGAGCUGGUAGCUAGUCCCUCGAUUAUAUUUAUGGAUGAGCCAACCACUGGCUUGGAUGCUCGUGCUGCAGCAAUUGUCAUGAGAACAGUACGAAAAACAGUAGACACUGGACGAACUGUUGUCUGCACCAUUCAUCAGCCAAGCACCGAGAUAUUUGAAUCUUUUGAUGAGCUUCUGCUUAUGAAAAGAGGAGGUCAGCUCAUAUACAGUGGUUCAUUAGGUCCACUUUCUAGCAACAUGAUAAAGUAUUUCGAGGCUAUAACUGGCGUUCAUAGAAUCAACAAGGGCCAAAACCCAGCAGCAUGGAUGUUAGACAUCAGUUCACACACAACUGAAUAUGAGAUUGGAGUGGACUAUGCAGAAAUUUAUCGCAACUCCUCCCUAUACAGGGAGAACAUGCUUCUAAUUGAUGAGUUAGAAAAACCAGAACCAAACACAGAGGAUCUACAUUUCCCUCACGGUUAUUGGCAAAACUUCAGGACGCAAUGUGUGGCUUGCCUGUGGAAGCAAAGUUGUGCAUAUUGGAAAAACUCAGAACACAAUGUUGUUCGGUUCAUAAACACCUUUGCUAUAUCAAUCAUGUUUGGAAUCGUAUUCUGGAAAAUUGGCUCAACCAUAAAGGACGAGCAAGAUGUAUUCAACAUACUAGGGGUCGUAUAUGGAUCAGCACUGUUCCUGGGUUUCAUGAAUUGCAGCAUCCUACAGCCAGUCGUGGCAAUGGAGAGAGUCGUGCUCUACCGAGAAAAAGCAGCAGGCAUGUACUCCACCAUGGCCUACGCCAUCGCUCAGGUGUCGGUCGAAUUACCUUACAUGUUCGUCCAAGUGCUAUUCUUCUCAUCGAUCGUGUACCCGAUGAUCGGUUUCCAGCUGACGGCGACCAAGUUCUUCUGGUUCGUCAUGUACAUGGUGCUGAGCUUCAUGUACUACACGCUCUACGGGAUGAUGACGGUGGCCCUGACGCCCAACAUCGAGAUCGCCAUGGGGCUGUCCUUCCUCAUCUUCAUCUUCUGGAACGUCUUCUCCGGCUUCAUCCUCGCAAGAGAGAUGAUCCCGGUGUGGUGGCGGUGGGUGUACUGGGCUGACCCGGCGGCGUGGACGGUGUACGGGCUGAUGUUCUCGCAGCUGGGGGACCGGACGGAGCUGAUCCUCGUGCCCGGGGUCGGGGAGCAGACGGUGCGGGAGUUCCUGGAGGGGUACCUGGGCCUGCAGGACCGCUACUUCGAGCUCGUCACCUGCCUCCACCUCGCCGUCAUCGCCCUCUUCGCCUUCCUCUUCUUCCUCGCCAUCAAGUACCUCAAGUUCCAGCGCAGGUAG